CUGUCCAUAGGGAAAAUCUUUUACUUCUGCAACUUAUUUUCAAAGCAAAAAAAUUAGGGGAAGAAAUUUAAAAAGCUGUGUUGACGAGAUGCUUCUGUUCCCCGAAUAUAAAUAGGCUAAAUUCUAAGGCGACGAUAGAAGCUCGGAGGUCGGAGUAGAUCUACUGGACUGCCGAGGCCCGGCGAGAUUCACGCCGGCAAAAAUUUCCGGUGAGGCUGAGCCAUUGAUUUCGGAGAUCGACGAUGGCCAGUCAUCACUGUAGAGUUAAUAACAGUCAGAGCGGCAAGGACGGUCCGGAGAUGAAGGGGAGAGCGAAGAAAACGGUGAAAUUCGAACGACGCUUGGUGAGGUACCAGGAGUUGCCGGAGUUCUUAAGAGAUAACGAAUAUAUAUUGAACUAUUACCGCUCGGAAUGGCCCGUGAAGGACGCCUUGUUGAGCAUCUUCUCAUGGCACAAUGAAACCCUAAACAUUUGGACGCAUUUGGCGGGAUUUCUGAUAUUCGCGGCAAUCGCUCUGGUGAGCACUAUGAAGACGAUGCAGCUCGAGCUCGGAGAUUUCGCUUCAAAUUUGUGCAGAGCUGCGGCGGGAGGCGUGUUGAUGACGACGAAGGCGAUCAACAGCUCUGGUAGCAACCGAUUCUCGGAUUCGCAUUUGAGACAAAUUUGGGAGCCAUCAAUCCUCGGCGAGCUGAGAGAAACAAUCCCAACAUGGCCAUGGUUUGUGUUCUUGGGCGGAGGCAUGGGCUGCUUGGCUUGCAGCUCUCUUUCCCAUCUUUUGGCCUGCCACUCCAAAAGCUACAGUCUCUUCUUCUGGCGUCUGGACUACGCAGGCAUUGCUCUUAUGAUAGUCUGCUCCUUCGUGGCUCCCAUCUACUACGUCUUCUUCUGCAGCCCUCUGGCAAGCCAAAUCUACUUAACCUCAAUCUCUCUCCUCGGAAUCCUGGUCAUCAUCACUCUUCUUUCCCCUUCUCUCACUGCUCCUCAGUUCAGACCCUUGAGGGCCUUCUUGUUCCUCUCAAUGGGCUUUUCUGGUGUGAUUCCAGCAGCUCACGCCCUUGCCCUCCAUUGGGGCCACCCUCAUAUUUUUGUAGCUCUUGGUUAUGAGCUUGCCAUGGCUCUUCUCUAUGCCACUGGAGCUGCGUUUUAUGUGAGUAGAUUCCCAGAACGAUGCAAGCCUGGGGCUUUUGAUGUUGCAGGACACAGUCAUCAGAUCUUUCAUGUGUUUGUUGUUCUUGGGGCUCUUGCUCAUUGUGUUGCUACUGUAAUCAUUAUGGACUUUCGAAGGUCCUUGCCUACAUGUAGGUUUUAUAAUUAGCCCAUCCCACUCACUAAAAUUAGCUGAUUUUGACGUGAUUGAAUUUCCUGGGAAAACCAGAAUGGAUUAAGCUAGCUAGUAGGAACACCAUAAUUGUGUGUUAUUCAUAGUGUGAUAUGCACGAGAUGGGUUUUUGAUAUUAGGAAUUAGGAGAAAUGGUUACCUUGGGUAAUCAGAUCAGAGGUCAUAUAUUGUUGUUACUGUAAUGAUCACUUAUGAGUGACCUGGGAAUGAAAAUCUCUUGCCAUACUGAAUUUAAGAAUUGAUAGUAAUUUUUCCUUUAUGCCUAA